AUGCAUUUUAACGUAUUUGCUUUCCUCUUUGCUUUCAGUCUAGUUGUUGCUGGUUUUGAUGUAGUUCUUAGCAUUCCUGCCGGUCCAGGUUCACCUUCAAGCUCUCCAACCCAUUCAAGGUCCCAAUCAUCAGCCUCUCGUACGCCGGCAAUGCAAAUCGCACACAAUAAAGCGAAAGAUCAAGCAGAACAAAGUGUUGUUUCCGGUGUGAUUGCUGCUGGAGGCACUGUUCAUGCUGUUCACGGCGUAGGAAGGGCUGCAAUGGGAGCUCUUACUCUCAAUCGAAGCAAAUUUGGUGAUGGUGCUAUACAAGUCGCCGAAGGUGGCGCAGCAGCUUUAUGUGCGGGUAUUGUGUGUGGUGUUCAAGGCGUUAAGGCAGUCAGAAACUAUACUCUAUCAAAAAGUGAUCGAGCAGCUGCCAAAAAGUAUAGCCCUGAAAGACAACAAGGACAUCAUUAA